AUGAGCAGUUAUGCUUUCUGGAGGUCUAAAGUCCGUCAGCGACUGCAGGAUCCAGUCGAAGCAGAGAUUCUAGCACCUAUCAAACCGCCUCAUGCAUUUGGAACCAAACGUCCGAGCCUGGAGAGUUGCUAUUGGGAGACUUUCAACCAGAGCAACGUCGAUUUGAUUGAUGUGAACAGCGACCCCAUAGUAGAAGUAACGGACAGAGGCGUCAUCACAGCUUCUGGGAGACUUCAUUGCUUGGACAUCUUGGCUUUGGCCACUGGAUUUGACUUCUUAACAGCGUCGAUGCUGGCAAUGAAUAUUCGAGGCAAGAACGGUACGAAGCUCGAGGACCGCUGGGAUAUUAAACAAGACGGCAAGGGUACAUCGACGUAUCUUGGACUGUCCACGGCUGGUUUCCCUAACCUCCUGUUCCCGAUGGGUCCACAAGCCCCAUCAGCCCUUGGUCUGACGCCACAGUUGGCGGAAGUUCAGGGCGACUGGGUUGCUCAGUUGUUGUCUUGGAUGGCUAAGCACGACAAAUUGACAGUAGAGCCUUUGUUGGAGGCCGAGCAGUCUUGGAAAGAAGAGGUUGAUCGUGCGGCCAGGACGUCCCUAUUCGGCCAGACGGACUCAUGGUACAUGGGAGUAAACAUUCCAGGUCGCAAGAAACAACCCCUUUGCUACUUUGGUGGCGUGAACAAGUACAUCGAUGAGCUUGCACGAUGUGCCGAAAGCGAUUAUAAGGGCUUCUCGUUUCAGUAG